AUGAAGACAUUCGCCGCAAUACUGCUCUUGGCAACUACCUGCCUCGUUGCCGCUGUUCCUCAGGGCGAUAUUCUUGCGCGACAGGAUGGCCCCCGGGAGUGUCGCCAGAUUUCUGCCGUUUUUAGUUGUGCACGAUUGCAAUUUUACUCGGAUAAAUUUACUCUUUUGAUCGUACUGGCAAGACUACGGCGCUAG